AUGGUGGAUGUCGAAAACGCACCACCUUAUGAUAUGAUCAUAAAACUGGGCGAGAACACAGAGGAAAAAGAUCUCGGGGAAAAAAGCAACUUCGACGAAGAACACGAGGAAUGUCCAGAAGAGGAGGAAGCGCUUCGCAUGGCACUUGAAGCGGAAGAAGAUGAGGAACUGCUUGACGUUGAGUCGCCGGACAUCGAUGAAAUGGAUGCCAGUGAAACAUCGUCAUCAGCUGUCGAAUCGUCGCCGCAAGCUGCGGCCAGUGUUUCACCGGAAAAUCUUGCAACCAUAGUGAUGUCUGCUGAUACACCACAAACAUCAACGUCAUCCGAGGUUAUGGUGCUCGGCAGCGUACUCGGAGUGCCAAGUUCGGUGAAUCAUGUGGAGAAACGACAUAUAUGUGAUAUAUGCGGAAAAGGAUUCCCCUAUCAUUCAAUUCUUGAAUCGCACAAACGUUGCCAUACCGGUGAAAAACCGUUCAACUGUCAUUUUUGUGACAAGAAAUUCGCUCAAAAAGCCACACUACAGGUUCACGAACGGACGCAUACUGGCGAGAGACCGUAUAAAUGCCGUUAUUGCGAGAAAACAUUUGCACAGUACGGAACGAAGACUGUGCAUGAAAAAAGUGCUCAUCUAGGUAUUCGAAACUAUAAGUGCCCGAAAUGCGACAAAUGUCUUUCAUCACCGAGUGCCCUCUACACACACAAGAAGACCCACGGAGAGAAAACGUUCCAGUGCGAAUUCUGUCCGAAGACUUUCACCCUGAAGAAUUAUCUGAAGCUACACGUGAAACAGGUCCACGAGCAGAACGAAAGGAAGCACGUUUGUCGCUUUUGCGGGAAAAGUUUCGCAUACGCUGGAAGUUUGCAGGUCCAUGUAAGAACUCAUACUGGCGAACGACCGUAUCGAUGCAGUUACUGUCCGAAGGCAUUUGCUAGUCAGGGAAAUCUACAAUCCCAUGAGCGAACGCACACUGGGGAGAGACCGUACACAUGCGGCACUUGUGGGAGGAGUUUCAUUCAAAAAUCCCAGCUUACCGCUCAUGAAGCCACUCAUGCAACCUUGCUCUCCGAGUCGUCUUCCACACAGCAAACCGCUCCCAAUGCGACAGUUGGAGCGGCACCGUCAGCGGCUCUUGACAAGAAAAUCCCGACGACGACGCCGACGUCCGCCGACUAUGUGUGCAAGUCCUGCGGCAAGCGAUACGCCUACGCCAGCAGCUUGUACGUGCACACCAGACUACAUACGGGAGAACGACCGUUUAGGUGCCAAUUUUGCGACAAGUCGUUCACAAAUCAAGGCAAUAUGCAAGUACAUCAACGAGUUCAUACAGGCGAAAAACCAUAUUCGUGCAACGCCUGCGGGAAAUGCUAUGCGCAAAAGGUUGGCUUGAAAAUUCAUUUGGAACAGUGCGAAGCAUAUCGGACUGGGCGAACAUCCGAAAGUCCCGUGAAUGUGGACACCGAUUCGGACGCAUCGGAUAGUAGCCGAAAAAUCGACUUCUCACUACCGAAUAUCUAUGCCAACAAUUCACCACCGGUCAGCAACCCAUCCGUCACCUCACUGUCAAACUAUUCGCAAUGGAAUGUGCCAGAAAUUCUCAGCAAACUCCCUACGUCUCCGUAUGGAUUCCAGACAACUGCCACAAUUACCACACCAUCAGCUGCUGUACCAUUUAGAGCUCCUGAGCCGCCACCACCAGAUUUCGGACCAAUGACCGCUUCAAAGCCGCCAUUGCAUCCGGAUGUGACGAUGCCGGAAGCAUUCUCAGCUUUCCAUCCGCCCUCGUUCGCUGCAAAACCUGUGGAACAGGUGUUGGAUCCAGGAUUAGCAGCUCUCAAAGGCCUCGUUGACAGCGGACUCAGUCAGCAGCUGCUACCGCUCCCAAAUCUGCUUUCACAGCAACUCCUGAACACUCAGCUGCUGAUCCAGCAGCUGCAGAACAACGAUGCUCUGCUGUCGCUCCUAAGUCAGAAUGUGACGGCGCUGCAACCACCUCCAGCGCCUCCAGCGCCUGCGCCAUUGGCGCAGCCGCCGCCUGCUCCUCUUCCGCCUUCGUUACUUGACAGCUUCUUCCCCGCCAGCUUACUGCCUGGUCUGCCGAUUCCUGGACAAACUACUCUUCCAUUCAAAGUAGAAGUGAAGUCUGAGUCUAUGUUAGUGUAA